AUGCUGGAGGCGAAGCAGACCGCCCUCAGCUUCGCGAGGCGCUGGCAGAGCCCCCUCGUGGCAGGAGGGCCAGAGGACGCACGGGCGACGCCGCGCGUGCCGGGCCUCUUCGAGAUCUGCGGGGCGCGCCUGAUGGCCCAGGCGGCGGAGUCCGCCGACUUCCGGACCGAGCUUGCCAACCAGGUGCCAUCCAUGCUGCUGGACCAGCUCGCCGCGUCAUGUGGGCGCGGCGGUCGACUUCAGAUCCAGGACUUCGUCGCCAAGGUUUCCCUGGACCCAAAGGACACGGCAGCUCCGAGUUCCGCGUCCAGGAGGAGGCGGCAUGCAGUCCGAGGGCAAGGCCAGGGCGUCUGCAUCACCACGAUCCACGCCGCGAAAGGCCACCCAUGCAAACCGGUGGUGCCGUGCCGGAGCCGCCGCGGCGGAGCGCAGCCGCUGCAGCCUGGGUGUCGGAGUGCCCUACAUUUUUCCAGGCGCUGCAGUUGUCUCACACUGGGCGCCUUUGCCUCGCUUCGGGCCCCGAAGCCCAUGCGGAUCGAGUGGGAGUAG